AUGACUGUCGUCCAAAUCCCCAAAACCCAAACCGUGGCUCUCGUUUCCAGCCUUGGUGGCAAUGUUGAGUUUCGCGAAGGGUACCCCGUUCCCACCCCCGGCCAGAAUGAGGUCCUAGCAAAGGUCCUCUACACAGGGGUCUGCCAGAGUGACCUUCAUACAAAGAACGGUACAGCUGCUGGUGCGGACGGAACUCCUAUUACGAAUAUUAAGCUCCCACAUGUUGGCGGACAUGAAGGUAUUGGUCGGAUUGUAUCCUUGGGUCCAGGAUGCGGGUCCGAUCUUAAAGUUGGAGGUCUUGUCGGUAUUCGGUUCUCGAGCCGUGUCUGUCGGCGAUGUGAAUUCUGUCUGGCUGGGACGGAGCAGUAUUGUCUCAAGAGUACCAAUCAUCUGCAUCAUGAAGAUGGCAGUUUCCAGGAGUAUAUCGCUUUGGAUGCUGAUUACCUGACCAUUCUUCCCGAUGAUGUCGAUCCCAAAGUGAUGGGACCGGUGCUUUGUGCAGGAGUGACAGCAUACAAGGCAGUUCUGAAUACCAACACCAGAGCCGGAAAUUGGCUCGUCGUAGUCGGUGCCGGAGGUGGUCUAGGUCACUUGGCAGUCCAAUAUGCCAAAGCUCAAGGAGCACUGGUAAUCGGUGUCGACGCCGGCGAUAAACGAGACUUUGUCCUCGGACUAGGCGCCCAAGAGUUCAUCGACUUUACCAAAACUGAUCCCGUCCAGCGAGUGCACGAAAUCACUGGCCUCGGUGCCCAAGCAGUAGUCGUGACUGCUGGAAGUGCCAAAGCCUUUGCACAUGCGUGUGAGAUGCUGCGGGUCGGUGGCACCCUCAGCUGCGUGGGAAUUCCUCCCGGACGUCCAUUCCUCGAGACGCCAAUCUGUACGAUUGUCAUCAAGGGACUUCGUAUCACUGGUAACCUGGUCGGCUCGUUGAAGGAAUGCAUGGAAGCGGUGGAUCUGGUUCGCCGUGGUGUGGUCAAACCAGAGAUCAAGGUCCGGCCAUUCAGAGAACUCUCCCAGGCGUAUGAGGAAAUGGAAAAGGGCGAUGUUGCCGGACGGAUUGUGCUUCAGAUUUCAGAGUAG